AUGGCCAUCACCAGCACUUGCUUUUUCACUCAACUGCUUUCAGAUGUUCAUGAGAUUACUAUUGAAACAGACAAUGCCAAAGGCCGCUCCUUGCAGCAAUCCUUAGCUACUGACCCGGCUGAUCUCCGCAUCCAGUUCACACACCCCGUGGGAACAUCGCGGUGGAGUGGCGACAUUUUCAGCCACAAGCAUACCAGUACGAGGAGUCAGGUGGAACAAGCACAGAAAAAGAGCUGCUCGGCAUGUCCUCCGUCCGCCCCCACGAGAAACCCCCGUCGCCGUCGCAAUCUUCGCCGCAACCACACUAUCCCAGCCAGAAGGACCUGCAAGAUGUCGACGGAGAUGCUUUCAAGUAUCUCCAAGGAGUUCGAAGAUAGUAUUAGUAAGGCUUGUCCUGAAAAGAGAUGGGAUGAAACGGUACACAUCGAAGCACCUGCGCCCAAAAUUCCACGACGAAGGGAAUCUGAAACACGCUUGGCCCCGCUGCUAUUUUGUUAG